AUGAACCGACUCCUCCAACAGACCGCUUCGCGCGGCUCGUUGGCCGUUCGCGCUUCAUCAACAGUAACCACAAAGCCGCCAGCACCAAAUCAGAUCACCAAGCAAAAUGCGCAAUUCGAUAAGGUCACCCAUACUGGACAAGCUUGGGAUCAAUCAGACUACCGACUCCAACGUUUCGACAUCUCCAAGAAGAGCGUUAACCCAAACGUGGCGAUGUAUUUGAUCGAUCAGCGCCCACCGGAGGAUUGUGGUGAUAAGAGAAUUGUCUGGUGUGAUGGAGGACAUCCAGCUCUUGGACACCCAAAGGUUUAUAUCAAUUUGGAUAAGCCAGGAGUCCAUGCAUGCGGAUAUUGCGGCAACCGAUUCUACAACUCUCACGCGACGAAAGGAGAGGACAUGAAGAUUCAGCACCUCAAUUGCUAA